AUGGCACCUGCAGCAACUGGAGGCAAGAAGCAGAAGAAGAAGUGGUCCAAGGGCAAGGUCAAGGACAAGGCCCAGCACGCCGUCGUUCUCGACAAGCAGACCAACGACAAGCUCCAGAAGGAUGUCCAGUCCUACCGCCUCAUCACUGUUGCCACCCUCGUCGAUCGCUUGAAGAUCAACGGCUCGCUUGCACGAAAGGCGCUUGCCGACCUCGAGGCCAACGGUCAGAUCAAGAAGGUUGUCGGACACUCAAAGCUCAGCAUCUACACACGAGCUAUCGGCGCCGAGGAGUAA